AUGAAUGAUUUUAUUUUAAAAAUAUUAAGAUUUAUAAUAAAUAAAUUCGGAACGAAAUAUAUUAAGAUAAUUAAAAAUAUUUAUGUGCAUAAUAUAAAACAUAUAACUUUUGAAGAUAUUGAAUUUAAUAACAUAUCUAUAGAUUGUAUAUGUGAUCAAGAAGAGUAUAAUAAAUUUGAUGACAAUAAUAAAUUUGAUGACAAUAAUAAAUUUGAAGACAAUAAUAAUUUUGAUGACAAUAAUAAAUUUGAUGAUAAUAAUAAAUUUGAUGAUAAUAAUAAAUUUGAUGACAAUAAUAAAUUUGAUGACAAUAACAUUUUCGAUGACAAUAAUAAUUUUGAUGAAGUAAAAAAAAAGAAGAAAAAAAAAAAAGUAAAUAGAUUUACAGAAUAUCUAUUAUAUUUAAAAACAUUGGGUUUAAAAAGAAAUCAAAAAAAAAAGAAAAAAAAAGAAAAAAUUAUUCUUAAUAUUGGUUAUAUAGAAAAAAUUGAAAUUAUAUGGAAUAAUGGCCCCUUCUUUUUUUACAACGGUGUUACAAUAAAUGUAGAAAAUAUUUUUUUAAAUUUUAAAUAUGAAGAGAAUUAUGAAUCCGAGAAAAAAAUAAAUAUACACGAAAAAAUAAAACAGUUUGAUGAUAAUAAUAUUAAAAGGAAUGAAUAUAAUGAGGAGGAGCAUCAAUUAUUUUGUAAUAAUAAUAGGAACUCUUCUGAUCAUUUAAAAAAUGGAGAUGUAAUAUAUCAAGAUGAUAGUAGAAGAAAUACAUCUAAUCAUUUAAAAAAUGGAGAUAUAAUAUAUCAAGAUGAUAGUAGAAGAAAUACAUGUAAUCAUAUCGAAUCAUAUGAUAAUAUAAACACACUUGUGAAUAACACAGAUAUGAUAAAUAAAAAUAUAAUUUUAAUGUUUUUCCUAUCUGUUAUAUUUUUUCUUAAUUUAAUUAAGAAUAAGAUUGUUGAUAAUUUUUUUUUUUUUAUAAAUUUUAUUUUAGAAUUAUUUGUAGAAGAUAACAUGUCUUCAAAGAUAAAGAAUAUAUUUAUGUCAUUUCUUAUGAAACGUUUUCUUUGUAUAGAUAUAAAAAAUAUAAAUAUAAUUUUUGAAGAUAAUAUAAUAAAUAAUGAAGAGAAAUUAUUUAUGUCAUUUUGUAUUAAAAAAAUACAUGUAGAUAAUAUAAAUUAUAUAAAAUAUUUAAUUAAAGAACAAAGAGACCAAAAGUUGGAUUCUAUCAAUGUGAUGUAUUUAUUAAACAAUAGAAAAAAAAAAAAAGAAAAACAAAAAAAAAUCGAAUUAUUAAAUAUAAGGAUUGAUGAUAUAAGUAUUUAUCAUGAUUAUAGACAUGAGCAAAUAAGUUCAACGGAUAUACAUUUAUAUAAAACAAAAUAUAAAUUUUUAUUUUUUUAUAAUAUGAAUUUUUUUCACAAUGAUAAUAAUUGUAUAUUAGAAAAAACAAGUAUUAUUAUAGUUAUAUAUAAAGAUAGAGGAGCAGCUUAUAUGAAUCACAUGAGAGAAGAGAAGAGGGUAUCAUAUAACGAGAUAAAUAAGGAUGAUAUAUAUGAUAAUAACAAUAUAUAUGAUAAUAAUAACAAUAUAUAUGAUAAUAAUAAAAAUAUAUAUGAUAAUAAUAAUAACAAUAUAUAUGAUAAUAAUAAUAAUAAUAUUUAUGAUAAUAACAAUAUAUAUGAUAAUUAUUGUGCAUAUAAAAAUAAAAAGGAAGAAAGCCAUUUUUUUGAUUUUCAUAUUCCAAAGAUUUAUGUCAAUAUGUCAAAUGAACACUUUUUUAAGUUAUAUAUGUUUAUAAAUAAAUAUUUAUAUUUUUUUAAUAUAAACAAGAAAAUUAAGGAGCAUAAAAAGAAAGAAGAAAAUGAAAAAGAAAAAAAAAAAAAAACAUAUAAAAAAAAUAAUGUAGAUGAAAAGAAUGCUAUACCUUUAUUAUAUUCAAAGAAAAGGAGAAAGCAUAUAUUUCUUGUUGAUAAAAAUAGAUUUAUAGAAUGUAAUAUAAACAUAAAUGAAAUAAAAAUAAAUUAUUUGUAUGGAGAAGGAGAGUGUGUUAUAUUUUUUUAUAAAAACAUUACAACUGUGUGUUCAAUAAAGGGUCAGACAUAUAAAUAUAUAAAAAGAAAAAAUAUAAAUGGAAGAUAUAAUAAAAAAUAUAGAAAUUAUCAUAACAAUAUUGAAUGUAAUGGUAGUAAUAUUAUGUGUAAUGGUAACACCUUUUUUUAUAAUUUAAAAAGUUUUAUAUUUCUUAUUGAGGAAGUAUCUAUAAAAGAAACACAUUCAGAAUUAUCUUUAUGUGUUGAUAAGAAGGAGGAUCGUUUUUUUCAUUUUUUAAGAAGACAAAGAAAAUAUAAAAAAAUAGAAUACAAUGAAAAUAUAAGUAAGGAUAUAUUAUUAUCAUAUAUGCAAAAUAUGAAAGAUAAUGAAAAAAAUAUAAAGAGUCUUGACACAAAAAAUGCAAGAAUAACAAGAAGAAUAACAUGCAGUGAUAUUAAUAAUAAUAAAAAUAAAUAUAGUUUGUGUUUUUAUUAUGUCAAAAAAUUAAAUAAAAAAAAUAAUUCUGAUAAUAAUAUGAAUGUAUAUAUUGAAAAUAUAAAUUUACAAAUAUGUAAAAUAAAUAAUCUAUAUUAUGUUGUUGAUAGAUUAUUUGAAAGAAAAUUAUAUUAUAUAUUUAAUAAUAUAUUUCAAUUGGAGAAAAAAAAAAUAAAAGAAACAAAUUUAUCAUCAAAUGUAAAUAAUAUGUAUGAUGAUGAUGAUUAUUAUUAUUAUGAACAUAAAAGAAAUUAUUUUAAUGAAUGUAUUAAUAAAGAGAAGGAUUAUAGAUAUAAUGAUAAUACAAUGAAAAAUAUACAUAUAAAUAAAAAAAAAAAAGGAAAUAAAAAAAUAUACGUAAAUAAAAAAAUACAUAUAAAUAAAAAUACAUAUAUAAAUAAAAAAAUCCAUUUAAAUGUAUUAAUAAAACGUAUACAUAUUGAACUUAAGAAGUAUCAUAUAACCUCUUUACAUAUCAUUUUUGAUGAUAUAUAUUUUUCUUACCAAAAUUUUGAUAAUCCUAUGAAUAGAGAUAAUAAUAAGUUAAUACAUAUGAAAAAUAAUUAUAAUAUAUACAAUUGUUAUACAUCUUAUAAGAAAUAUAUAAAAGAUAAAAAUGAUAAAAGAAAGAAUAUUAAUAUCUUUUGCAGUGUGACAAAUAUAUAUAUGUUAUUAAAACAUAAUAGAAGUGUAUAUCUUGUUAUAUAUCCAUUUUCUUUUUUCUUUUCUGUUUAUAAAAUAAAAAAAGAGUAUGAAAUAAAAUUAAAUGUUAUAUCUUUAAUAUUAGAAAUAAAUAUGUAUAUAUUAAAUAUUUUAAAAUAUUUAUUUAAAAAUGAAAUAGAAAAAAAAAAACUCUGUAAUAGUCAUCAUAUGUUAUUACCAUAUGAUAAUAUUAUAUCAUCUGAUUAUUCUGGAGAAGAUAAAAAAAGUGAAAGAAAUAAAUUAAAAGACAAAGAAUAUCAAAAAAAUAUUCAGAAUUAUAAUAUUUAUUAUAAUAUUUACCCUAAUUUGAAAGAACAAGAAAAAAAAAAAUAUUUUUUUAGAGAUGAAAAUUUGAUACAACAAGAAAUAAAUUAUUUAUACGGGUCAUUAAAUAUAUUUUAUCAGAGUAAUGAUUUUUUAAGAUAUGAUAGAAGUAAAGAAAAAGAAACAAGUACCUUUACUUUUUCUAUUAUUGAUAUUUUUAAUUUUUUUAAUAAAACAAAUAUAAAAUGUAGUUUUUCUUAUAUAUAUAUAUAUUUUUUUUUAAUAAAUAAAAAUAAAUUAAAGGGACCAAGAAAUGAACAAAUAAAUAAAAUUAAAAUUAAUGCUCACAAAUUAAAUAAUAAUCAUAAUAAUAAUAAUUAUUACUAUCAUAUGGAUAGUAUGAUGACAUUCAUUAAAACAGAUGUGAAGCAAAAAAAUCUUCAUAUAAAUAAAAAUGUAGAAACGUUUUAUUUAAAAUAUGAAAUGAAUAAUUUACAUUUUUAUUUUCGUGUUAACCAUAUAAAUAAGAUGGAUGAAAAAAAUAUCAAAAUAAACAGAAUAAAUAAUACAUAUGUGUUAUUAAAUAAAAUAUAUAUGAAAAGCUCAGUUUUAUAUUUUAAUUUUUAUUUUAAUCCAAUAUUAUUAUUUCCAAUUAUAUAUAAUGGCGUUUCUGUGUUUGUUUGUCUUCCUAAUAACAAGGAACAAAAAAUACUACAAAUGGAAUAUGAUGGUUUAAAUAAUUGUGAGAAAAAAAAAAAUGUGUAUAAUAAGAAUGAAGAUAAUAUAAAAGAAGGAAUUACAUAUACAAACAAUAAUAAUAUUAAUAUUGAUAAUAUUAAUAGUAAUAAUAUUUUUAAUAUUUAUAAUAUUUAUAGUGAGAGUCAUGAGACCAAUGCUGUUAAUAAUAUACAUUUGAAAAAAUUAUUUGACAAGUCAUAUGAACAUUGUAUGUUCAUAAAACAUAAAUGUUUAUUAACCUUUAUAGAUAAUACAUACAAAUAUAAAAUAAAAAAAACAAACAAAAAUAUAUUUCUGUUUUCUUUUCAAAAGGUAUAUAUAUAUAUAUAUGAUUUUUUCUUAAAUCUUUUUUAUUAUCUUAAUUCUUAUUAUUCUUCAAACAUGAAAAAAAGAAAACAAAAAGAAAAGACAAAUAUGCAUUUACAAAAUAAUAAAUUUAAUGAUAAUUAUUUAUUUAAAAUGUUUGAAGAUAGAAAUAUUAUAAUAUAUAUAUUAAAAAAUUAUGGCAAGCAUAUUUCUAUUUUUAGCAGAUUAAUAAAACAUAAAAAUAAAAAAAAAUUAUUUUACACUAUAAUGAAUCAUAUAUAUAAAUUCAUAAUAUAUUUUGUUAUAAAGAAAUUGCAAAUCUCUUUUAUCUUUUAUGAAGCCCCAAAAAAUAAUACUAUCAAAAAUAAUAAUAAUAUGAAAUAUAAUAAUAUCAAAUAUAAUAAUAUGAAAUAUAAUAAUAAUAUCUUGUCUAUUCCAUAUGAUAAAAAAUAUAAACAAAUAUGGUGUAGUGAUCAUUAUUAUGAACACUUCAAAAUUAAAAUAAACCAUUUUAUUGUAAAAAGUAAAAUAAAUAUGUUAUAUGUAAGGAAAAAAUAUAAUAAUAAUAAUAAUAAUAAAAUAAUAAUAAAUAAUCAUCAUAAUAACAAUUUAAAUGUAAUAAAAAAGAAAUGCAACUCUAUCAAAUUACAUAAUAAUAAUACCUGUUCAAAAAAAUAUAUAGCUAAUUCGAAUAAUUCAUUUAUUAUAUUAUGUAAGAGAAACAAAAAAGAUAAUAUAUAUAAGAACAAUCCAAAAGAAGAUACUAACAACAAGGAUAUAAAAAAUUUUUUGUAUAUUACAAAAUUUUUUGUAAAUACUUUUUAUAAUGACAUGAAAAUUAUAAAAUAUGAAAUAUAUAAAAAGUGUGAUCAACAAAAAUUAAAUUCUUAUAAUACACUUGAUGAAUAUCAUAAUAUGUUAUUAAGUUGUCAAAAAAUAUAUGAGGUAGCUAAAAAGGAUUUGAAUAUAACAUAUAAUAAUAUGAAAAAUAUAAAAGGCAACAACAAGAACAAAAAAAGAAAAAAAAAAAUUCUUUUUAAAUCUAAUCAGAUUAAUUUUAUACUUUCAUAUACUUAUAAUUUUAUUAUUUAUUUAAAUGUUGAUAAAAUAUCAUUUUAUUGUCAUAUGUAUAUGUUUCUAAAUAAUUAUAUAGAUUAUUAUAUAAAAUUAUAUUUACAAAUAUUAAAGAAUGAAUUUCUAAAUAAAUUUUUUCCAAUAAAAAGAAAUGAUAAUCAAAUAAAAUAUUCUUAUAGUCAUAAAUAUAUGGAAGACAUUAUAACAUUUUUAAAACAAAAAAAAAAAUUUGUAUUUCAAAAGGGGUAUGAAAAAAAAAUCAUACAACAUAAUAAUGAUAUAAUAAAUUGUGGUGAUAUGACAUAUAAAGAAAAAAAAUAUAAUAUUUAUAAUAAUAAUAAUAAAAAUAAUGGUGAUGUAAAUAAAAGUUUUAAAUUGUCUUUAUUUCAUCGCUUAUGUAACUUAUUUGUGGUUGAAAAGAUUUAUAUUAAUAUAAAUAAUAUUGAAUGUAUGUUUACAUUUAUUUGUAAUUUAGAUCCUACAAAUAAGAAUACAGAGAAAAUAAAAAAAAAGGAAAAAAGAAAAACCAAAAAGAAAUAUGAUAAAGAAAUAUUAUUAUUAAAAAUAAAAAGAUUUAAAACUAUUAUUAUGAAGGAAGAAUGUUCUAAAUAUAAUAAACUGAAUAUAUUUAAUAAAAAUAAUAUAAAUCUUGUAUAUCUAUUUAAAAGUAAAAUAUAUAAUAUAAAUAUAUAUCUAAGAAAUAUAAAACAAAAAAAAAAUGAUUUAUUAUUUUUUACUAAUUAUUUAUGUUUUUUUUGUAAAUUUAUAAUAAUCUUAAACAAUAUGAAUAAGACACACAAAUUUUUUUUUUUACAAUAUUUUUUAAAGAAGAAGAUAAAAAAUAAGAUCAUUAAAAAAAAAAAAAAAAAAAUCUCAUCAUUUUAUUAUGUACCACAAAUAUAUUAUAAACACAAAAAGAAAUGUAAGUUACUUUUUCAUAUUAUUCAAAAUAUUCAAAAACAUAUAAUUUCUAAAAAAGAAAAAAAAGAAGAUUUUGUUUUUAAAACUAAUGAGAAUAUACAUUUUAAAAUAAAAUUAAAUAUAAGAUCUUGUAAAAAAUAUUUUAUGAAUGAAGAUAGGAAGAUACAAUCAAGUAUUUAUUUUUUUUUGAAUGAAAGAAAUAUUAUAUCAUUAAUUAAUUUUUAUUAUAAUAUAUUAAUGUUGUUUGGAUAUGGACAAAUUUUGUAUUCAAAAUAUGUAGACAAGUGUAAUGAUAAGGGUGAAAUAUUAGGUGAUGAAUAUAAAUAUAGUGAUGCAUAUAAAUAUAGUGAUGAAUAUAAAUAUAAUGAUACAUAUAAAUAUAAUGAUACAUAUAAAUAUAGUGAUGCAUAUAAAUAUAAUGAUACAUAUAAAUAUAGUGAUACAUAUAAAUAUAUUGAUGGAUGUAAACAUCUAUAUAGACACUUAAAUGAAUAUAAAUAUUUAUAUAAACCUUUUUCGUGUAAUAUAAAUAAUAUGAAUAAUACAAAUCAUCUUAUGGAUUUUCAAAAUGAUAAUCAUUCUAUUCAUUAUGAUAAUGACUUUAUAUAUGGAUCAUCUGAUAUGAAUAAUUUAUUAAUAUAUGAUUUGAUAAAUAAAAAUGUGAUAUUAAGAAGGAUGAAAAAAAAAAGUAAAAUAAAAAAUAUUUAUAUUAAAAAAAAAAAUAAUAAUAAAUAUUUUAUAAAUUUUGUGAAUAGAAUACUACCAGAUAAAUAUCAAGAUAUAUCGUAUAUAUUAUAUAUUAAUAAAAAAAAAAUGAAAUUAAAAAUAAAUAAGAUGAAAAAGAAGAAGAAAAGAAAUAAAGAGAGAUUCAAAAAAUAUCCUUUUUCAUAUAUAAUGAAUACUAAAAAAAAAAAAAAUGAAUAUGUAAUAUCUAAUAAUAAUAUGUUAGAUAAAAUAAUAAAUUGCUUUGAUUCUUUACAAAUAAAAUUAAAAAACAUUUUCUUCUUUUUUUAUACAUCUAACAUGAAUAUGUAUAUAGGAAUAUUUAUAAGAAAUAUUAAAUCAUUAUUAUUAAAUAAUCAUAUCUAUAAUAAAACAUAUUGUCAUCAUUUAAAAUAUAUACAACAAAUUAAUAAAUGUAUUAUAUUUACAAGAGAUAAUUAUUUAGAUCAUGAGAAGAUUAAACUUUCUAUAUUUGAGAUAUUUAAUAAUAAUACGUUGAACGAAAAAAAAAAUAAAUGUAUUUAUUUAUCACCUUUGUUUUUCUUUUUAAAUAAAUAUCAUAAUAAAAAGAAAGGACUUACAACAAAGAUUAGAAAACAUAACAAUUAUGAAUAUAAAGAUAAGGACAAGGGAAUAGAUAAACAUCCAUUCAAUCAUAUAAACAAGAAAUUGGAACAUCCAUAUGACAUGAUAUAUUUUGAUGAGAAGCAUAUAAAAAGAUAUACAAAUAUAAAUAAAGAUAAUGAAAAAAUUAGAAAAAAACAAAAAAAUAUGUGUCUUUUUAAAAAUGGGACAUCUAUAUAUUCAUUGAAUGAUAUUAAUAAUUAUAAAUCAUCUACAUUUUAUAAUUGUCUAUAUAAGAUGAAACAAAAUAUUUAUAAGAACUUUUAUUCAACAAUAGAAUCUAAUAAAUUAAAAUUUUUCAAAAUACAAAAAGGAAAUGAAAAAAAUAAAGUUUAUUUUUAUUCUCCUUAUAAUAUAUAUUUAAGAAAUAAUACAACCAAUUAUAUGAACAUAAAAAAUCAUGAUGAGAAAAAAUUAAAUGAACAAACAUAUAUUUCUUUUUUAGAAAAGAAAAAGAAUAAAAAAGAAAUGGUAAUAGAUAUUAAAUAUUAUAAAAAAAUGAAUAGUCAAAAGGGUAAAAUUAAAAAUAAAGUAAAAAGAAAAAAAAAAAAAAAUAUAUAUAUCAAACAAAAUAAUAUUCAUUCAAGUGAUUAUAAUAAUCCAACUGUAUGUAUGUCUUAUGAAUCAUCAAUACAUCUUUCAUUUAAACACACAUUUCAAAAUAUUAAUAUUUAUUUACCAUUAUAUAUAAUUGUAGAAAUUAAUAAACUUUUAAAAGCAUCAAAAAUAAUUCAAUUAUUAAAUAAUAAGUUAUUAAAUAGUAAAUUAUUAAAUAAUAAAUUAGUAAAUUGUAAAUUAUUAAAUUUGUUGCAAAAUAUUAAAAAAAAAAAAAAAUUUCAAGAUGAUAAUGAUAUACAAAUAUGUAAGAAUCAUGUUAUGAAUUGUCAGAAUAAUAUUUAUAAAAAUAAGAUGACAAAAAAAUUAUUAAUUACUUAUAAUUUUAAAUUAUUUUUUGUUGAUAGUAAGAUCCAUUUUUUAUCUCCAUCUAUUUUUUUUAUAUACAAUGUAAAAGAAAAGGAUGAAAACAUAAAUAAAAUGAAUAUUUUUGAUAAUAAAAUAAGAAUAUCAAAAGCUCAAAAUAAAAUAUAUACAGAUAAUUCGAAUGGAGAUAUUUUUAGAAAUCAUAUUCAAAGUAAUGACAUAUAUAUGUAUGAACUAAAAAAAGAUAAAGAAAAUAAAAAAAUUGAUAAGAAGAAUAAGAAGUAUCAAAGUAGUUGUGAGGGUUCAACUACUUUAUAUAAUUCUUAUUUAAAAAAAGCAGAAGAAAAGAAAAAAAAAAAUAUAGAUAAAAAAAGAAAAAAAAAAAAAAAUGUAUAUUUAUUAUUAAAAAGAAAAAGAGAACAAUAUAAUAAUGAAGAGAAUUUAAAUAAGAAAAUUUUUUUAUAUGACAUAUUUUUAAGUGCAAAUUUUAAGGUUGAUAUUAAAAAAAUGUGUGCUAAAAAGAAAUAUAUAUAUGAUGAUAAUAAUAAAAAGGAUAGUAAUAAUGAUUAUAAUAAUAUUGAUUAUUAUAAUGAACAACAUGUGACUUAUAAUUUCAUACCCUUAAACAAAAUAAACGUAAACAUAUCAAUAAAACAACUUAAAAUAAAUUUAGGUUUAUUAUAUACAUAUAUUAAUUUAAUAAAUAUGAUAAACAUAAUACAAUUAGAAACAAUAAGAGAUAAUUAUAUUUUUAAUAUGAAUAAGAGUAAGAAUAAAUAUUAUAUGAAUCUUGAAAAUAUCCAUAAAUUUAAAUUAUUAAAAAAUAUGAUAAAUGGCAUAUAUUUAUUGAAUGAGAAAAAAACAAACAAAACAAAUUAUAUUAAAUUUAAAUCAUAUUGUAUAUAUAAUAUUAUAGAAAUGACAAAUAUUUAUUUUUAUUAUAAACGAUAUUAUUAUGAGUUAAAAGAACAGGAGUAUAAUAAUAAAAAUAAAUCUUUUCCAAACAAAAAAAUGAAACAUCAGAAUUCAUAUAUACCAUUUAAAGAAAGGCAAAAAUCAGAAGAUUAUGAGAGCUUAAUAAAAAGACGAACAUUUUUUAGAAAUAUGUCUAUUAAUGAUUUGAAGAAUAAUAAAAAUGUUCAUAUGUCAAGAGACAAUAGUAGUAAUGAUGAAAAUACGAAUGAUGAUAGUAAUAAUAAUAAUAAUAAUAAGAGAAAUCACCAUAUUUUUAAUAAUAAUAAUAGUGACAAUGUUUAUAAUAAGGAUAUACAUACCAAUAUAUCAUCUGAACCUAAAAAAAAUGAAUACAAUAAUAAAAAUAAUUAUAUUAAUAAUAAUAAUAAUAAUAAUGAUAAGAAUGAUAAUUUUAUUUUUUCUUCUCCAUAUGAUUAUAAAUAUAGUGAGAACAAAGAUUAUACAAAUUACAAUAAAGAAAUAUUAAAGGUUGAAGAAAAAUUAAAUAAAAUAUCUAAAACGUAUGAAAAAAAUAAAAACGAAAAAAUAUUUACAUUUAAAGAUAGACAUUAUAAAUAUAUAUAUGAUAAUACAAAUAAGCCUUUAUAUGACUCUUUAUAUAAUAAUAAUAUAUAUACAAAAGAAAAAGAAGAAAAAAAAAAAAGUGGAGAUAUAAAAUUCAAAAAUAAUAUGAUAGGAAUAAAUAAAAAUCAUUUCAAUAUUAUUAUUAGUACCUUACAUUAUUAUAUAAAUAAUAAUGACUUAUUAAUUUUAAAAUAUUUUUUAGAAGAUAUAGAUGAAGUUAAAAAAAAAUUGAAAACAAAUAAAAUAUAUUCAUGUAAAUAUAAUUAUAAAGGUGUUGUAAUCUCUUCAAAAUUUAAAAAAAAUAUAAAAGAAAUGAAUGACAAUUAUUUUGAUGAAACGUACAAGAAUAAUGAAAAGGAAGAAUAUAAUGAUGAGGGAGGAAAUGUAAAUAAUCAUGUUGAUAAUAUCAAGAGAGAUAAUAAUACAACAGAAAAUAAUGAUAGUAUCAAUGGUAGUAGUAUUAAUGGUAGUAAUAUCAAUGGUAGUAGUAUCAAUGGUAGUAGUAUCAAUGGUAGUAGUAUCAAUGGUAGUAGUAUCAAUGGUAGUAGUAUUAAUGGUUAUAGCUGUAUGUGUCUGUUGUCAAAAAAUAAUAAUAUGAAAAAAAUUAAAAAAAAAAACAAAAUUAGCGUUAUCAUUUAUAUGAUAAAAAUUUGCCUACUCACAAAGAACUGUGCUCAUGAGAUUUGUUCAAUAAAUAGUUAUAAUAAUAAUUUAAAAAUAAGUAACUAUAUAUUAUAUAAGAAUAAAAAAAAAAAUAAUAUUAAUAAUAAUAAUAAUAAUAUUAAUAAUAAUAAUAAUAUUCAUAAUAAUAAUAAUGAUGAUGAAAAAAGAAAAAGGAAAAGAAAAAAUUUUGUUAUGCUAUUAAAUUUAAAACAAAUAAAUUUUUUAUCACUUGACGUUUUAAAUAUAAAUAAUUUUUUAUAUAAUAAAAUAAAAAAAAUAUCUUUUAUUGAACCCUUUGAUAUAUCAUGUUAUUAUAGUUUACAUAAUAAAAAUAAAUUUUUUAUAUAUAUAAAAGAUAAUAUAAAUAUUAAUAUAAAUACCAGUAUUAUAAAUUUCCUUCUACUUUUAAAGUAUAAUUUUUUACAUAAUUAUUUUGUUUAUAAUGAAUAUAAAUUAAAGAAUCCUUUAAAUUUUCAAACCAUAUAUAAAAUAAAAGAUGUUAGAUGCAUACUUCCAAUAAAUUAUGAGCUACCUAUUAAAACAAAAGAAUAUAUUAUUAUAAAAAAUUAUACAUUUUAUAAAAUUAAAUAUGAAUAUAGUAAUAAAAAUAUAGGAUAUAUAAAUCCAAAUAAACAAGCAUUAAUUAUAAGUAAUAAUUUAUUUAUGUUGAAUAUAUCAGAUGCUGAAAACGGAACUAUAAAAAAACAAAUAUUCUUAAAAAAUGAAAACUAUCAAAAAUAUCAUACAUAUAAAGGUAAUAUAAUAGAUCACAUAAAAAAUGAUAAUCAUAAUGAUAAUAAUAAUAAUAAUAAUGAUAAUAUAAAAAAUAUGAAUAGUAUAAAAAAUAUUAAUAGCAUAAACAAUAUUAAUAAUAUAAAUAAGACAAAAAGAGUUAGUGAGAAAAAUUAUUUCUAUAUCGAUAUCAAUAUAUAUGAAAACAAAAAGUGUGUAAAUAUAUAUCCAUAUAGUUUUAUGUAUAUAUCUUAUAAUAAAUAUAAAAGAAAGACAAUUAAUUCUUCCAUGCGUUUAGAAAAUGAAAGAAAAAAUUACACACAUAUAAUAACAACAUCUGAUACAAAUAAAUAUCAUAAUAAUAAUAGUACCAGUGAGAAUGAUUUACAUAUAAAAUUACAAUUUUUUAAAGAUAACAGUGUUAAUGUAUUUGUUUUAAAAGAGGAAAACGAAAAAAAUAUUUUAUUCAGCAUACCAUUUGAAUUUUUAAAAAAUUGUAAUUAUAUUAAAAUGAUAAUGAUCAAAAAAAAUAAAGCAUACAUAAGUAAUAAAAUAAAAUAUAAUAAAAUGUUUAAAUUAAAAAAAUAUACUUUUAAAGAUAUAUAUGAUAAAACACAUAUUAUAUUUUGUAAUUUUAUGUUUUUUAUAAAAAAAAUUAUAAAAAAAUCAGAAGACGACACAUUUGAGCAUAUAUAUACGUCAAAUGAUAUAAAUGAUUUGACUAGCGAUGGUUCUAAUGAGAUGAAUAAUAAAAAAAAUAAUAAAACAGAAAGAAAAAAAGAAAAGAAAUAUAUUAAUAAUAUGUCAAAUCAAAAUAAUAAUCGUUAUGAUUAUAAAAAUGUAAAGAUUAAAAAUAAAUACAAUAAAAUGGAAAAUAAGAAUAAUAUAUAUGAUGAUGAUUAUCAUAAUAUAAAAGAAAAAAAAAAAAAAAGAAAAAUAAAUAAUCAAAUAAAAUAUUCAAAAGUAUUUUGUAUAUAUAAAAUAUUACAAAAGAAUAUAAAUAUUAUAUCUAUUCAACAUUCUAUAAAAAUAAUAAAUUUAACUCCAUUUAAUAUAAAUGUAUUAUUAAAAAAAGAAAAAGGAAGUAUUAAAACAUAUAAUAUCGAAAGUUUUGAUUAUGUAAAUGUAUAUGAUUUUUGUUUUCUUGAAAAUCUUAUUUUAAAUUUUAGUUUAUCAUUUUAUAGACAAUGGAUUAAAUUUAUAAAAAUAAAGAAUGAAGAAUUUUUUAAGGAGAGACAAAAUGAUAUUGAUAAGAAUAAUGUCUAUAAUUCAAAUUUCCAAUUUUUUGAAUCAUCAGCAAAUGAGAAUGAAAGUAAAAAAAUGAAAAAGACUAUGCAAAAUGAAAAUUGGAAAUAUGACACUAAUAAUGAUAAUAUAUAUAAUGAUGAUAAUAUAUAUAAUAACAAUUGUGUAGAUAAUUAUUAUUAUAAUAAUCAUUGUAGUGACAAUAGUGUAGAUAAUUAUUAUUAUGGUGAUGAAGAAAAAGUGGAAUUAAAUAAAAUUUUAUUUUAUGAAAUUAUAAAGUUUCAGAAUUUAUAUUUUAUUAUAUAUAUAUAUUUUUUUAAAGAAUCAUAUAAUAUUACUUUUGUUAGUAAAUAUAAUAUAUAUAAUUACACAAAAAAUAUUUUAUAUUAUCAUUUAAUAUAUGAUGAUGAAGAAGAGAAUCAAUGUUUAGAUGAUUUAAUUUUUUCAUGUGAAAUUAAAAAACAUGAAUUAAAAAAUAUAUAUACAGAAUAUAAAGAAAAUGUUUUUGAAGUAUACCCCUUUUUAGAAAAUAAUAUUGUUAUAAAUAAAAAUCAUAUAAAUUUAAUAAAGAAAACAAAUCUUAAACAAGAAAAACAAAAUAUGUUUUAUAUUAAAAAUUAUUCUUUCAAUCAUAGAUUUGUAAUUCAUAAUAAUGAAACCAUAAAUACAAAUAUUGACUCCUAUGAUGUAAAUAAGACAUUUUCAAGAGUUGUAUUAAUAAAUGAUAAAUAUAUAACUAUUAAUAUUAAAACAUUUAAUUUUCAUUCUUUUAAUAUUUCAUUCAUUCAAUUCUUUCCUUAUCUUGUUUUAAUAAAUCUAACAAAAUAUAAUUUCAAAAUAAAGUUAAAAAAUUAUCAAGCCUUAGAAAAAAUACACGCAAAUAAAAUCAAACAAAAUAAAAAAAUAAAAACAAAUGGAGAGAUAUAUAAAGAGAUAUAUAAAGAGAUAUAUAAAGAGAAAUAUAAAGAUGGAGAUCAACAUCAAGAUGGAGAGCACAAUGAUGAUUACGAUGAUGGAGAAAAAUAUGUAAAAAAAAAAAAGAAAAAAGAUAUAUAUAAUAAUUAUAACCACAAUCAUGAUCAUCAUGAUCAUCAUGAUCAUCAUGAUCAUCAUGAUCAUCGUGAUGAUGAUCAUCAUCAUAAAAAAAAAAGAAAUAAUUAUUUUACCUUUAAUAGUAACACUUAUACCAAUAAUAGAAAGAAUAAGCAAGCUAACUCCAUUCCUUAUGAUAGCACUGAAAGCGAAAAUCUAAAUUUUAGUGACUACACACAAUACUCUCUUACAAGUGAUGAAUAUGAAAACGAAAAUAUUUAUUAUGAUUUAUUUAUAAACAAUAAUUCCAAUUCAAAUAUACAUACAAAUAUAUAUAAUAACAAAAAGAAUAUGAAAUAUAUAAAAAAAAAAAAAAAAAUUAAAAAAAAUAUAGACACACUUACACAACUCUUUCAAAACUAUAAUAAAUAUAAAAAUAAAGAACCACAAUAUUUUAAAAUACUUAAUAGUAUGAAUAUGCAAGAAUUAAACAUUAAAAAUAAAUCGACAUGGGAUUUCAUAAGCUUCAAAAUUACUAAAAAAGAAGAUAAUGAUAAUAUUCAAGAAGAUAAUCAAAAUAAUGAAUACGAACAAUAUAAUUUUACAACUAUGAAUGAUAAAAAAUGUAUUCAAAAUGAAAAGAAGAAAAGUGAAAUAGCAAAUUUCGAAUCAGCACUAAAAAUAUUGAAAAAAAAUUCUAGUUAUUAUAAAAAUAGUAUCAUGAAAAUAUAUAAGAAAGAAAAUAUAAGAUGUAGAUAUUUAAAAAUACAUAAAAAUAUGAAUAAAUAUUUUUAUAUACAUAAAUAUAUUCAAAUCGUAACAAAAGAAAAUCAAAUUCUAACUUUUAUAAAAGAACGUUUAUUUUAUAUGACAUCAAUAGAAAAAGACAAACGACAUUAUAUAUGUAUAAGAAAAAUUCCUUAUAAUAAUCAAUAUAAGUAUAUAUAUGAGUUUGAAAAAAAAUUUUUAUCAAUUGAAAAUAUAUUAACAAGGAAUGAUAUUAUGUUGUGUGAUAAGAAGAGAAAUUCAAAAUGUAAAGAGGAGAAAAUCUUAAAUUCUGAGGAAAAGAAUAAGAAAAAUAAUAAUGUCUUGAAUAAAAAAAGUGAGACAAUAAAAAAUAUUAUAAUAAAUAAUUUAAAUGAACAAUGUAAUGAUAAAAAUGGUUAUACUAAAAACAAUACAGAGGAGAAUAAAAUAAAUAUGUAUUAUGAAAAAAAUCAAACAAAAUAUAAUAAUAAUAAAAAAAAUAAUAUUAAUAAUAAUUAUAAUAAUAAUUAUAAUAAUCAUUUUAGUGUUGGUGAUAGGAAAGAUUUACAUUAUAAAGAAUAUUGUGAAAAUGAAAAGAAUCUAUCAAAUUAUUACAAUUAUAAGUUUAUAGAUGAAUUAUUGUGUGAAGAUGAUUAUGAUGAAGAAUGCAUAGAUAAAUAUAAUGAUAUUCUUAAAAAAAUGAAAGUAGAUAUUACAUCUGUUUUAAAAAAUCAUACUUUAGAUGUUAUAUUAAAUAAUAUUAAAGAAAUGAUUAAUGAUAAAAUAAUAAAAGAAGGAAAAGUUUUUAUAUUUAAUAAUUUAGGAAUACCCUUUUUUUUUAGUACAUUAAAAAAUAAAUAUCUUACAUAUGUCAAUACAAAAUAUGUAUAUUUUAAAGAGAAAAAACAUUUUUAUUUUUACUUCCCUAAAUUUCUUUUAAUAAAUAAAAAAUUAAAAUUAUUAUUUAAAAUAAAUGAAAAUGUAUGUAAAUAUUAUUCUAUAAGAAAUUAUACACAUCUAAAAAAAAAUCAAAAGCUAUUUCCAAAUUUUCAUAUAAUGAAAUUUAAUUUAAUUUGUAAUAUAGUAUCAUCCUUUUAUUUCUAUUCAUUUAUUUUGAAAAAGAAAAAAAUCAGACAUAAAAACUUUAAAUCUGUUAAUGAUAUGAAGGAAGAAAGUAAUACGUAUGUUAAAAAAAAUAUGUAUAUUGAACAAAAUAAAAAUCAAACUAAUCAACAUGAUAAUCCAAACAAUCAUAAUGAAAUAAUAUAUUACGAAUUAUAUUUAGUAAAAUUUUAUUGUGAUAUAAUUUUGAAUAAGAAUAAUGAAAUGAAUAUUAUAGUGAAUGGAUUAAAACACUGUACAUUUUUAAAGAAUAUUUUAUCGUUAGAUUAUUUUUUUUUUUUUAUGAGAAAUAAAGAAUUAGAAAAAAUAUGGAGUGCAUCAAAUGCUUAUGAGAAAAAUUAUUUAUUACAAAAUAUAAGAAGAAAAAAUUAUCAUCAUCAUCAUAAUAAUAUUAUAUAUACGAAUAAUUUAUAUGGUUUAAAUGUAUCCGAUUUAAUGAAUAUGAAAAUAUAUAUAAAAAGUGUUAAUAUAAUGUUUAAUUUAAAUCAUACCUCUUUUUCAACAAAUACAAAUAUGAUUGAAAAUAUUGAUCAAAAAAUUAAUUUAAAUAAAAUUUAUUUAAAUUUUUAUACUUUUCAAUAUUUAAAUAAUAAAACAUUAUUAAAGAAAAAACGAUGUAUUGAAUUUCUAGAUUUUUUUUCUUCUAAUAAAAGAAUUAGAAAAAUUACCAAAAAACCCAAGAAAAAAUAUUUUUUUUUUAGAAGCAAUAGUAAAGAUUCGAAUUAUCUAAAUUUAAAUAGCUAUGCAUUAUUUAGUAAAGACAAAUUAUUAUCAUUAUAUAAUAUGAGAAAAAAGAAAGAAAACAUGUUAUUAGACGAUUUGUCUAUUCAUAAUAAUAUGAAAAGAAAUGAUUAUAAUAUAUAUGAUUCUUAUAUGGAUAGAAAACGUAUUUCUAAGGAUUCAUCUUUAUAUUAUGUAUAUUCUGAUGAUUCCAGUGAUUAUUUAAUGAGUGCCAUAAUGAAUAGAAGAAUAAGUACAUCUCCAAUAAUAAAUCCUACGAACGAUGGUGAUGAUAAAAAUGAUAUGCAAUUGACAUGUAUAUAUAAUGAUAUAAAUGAUAUAAAUGAUAAUAAUAAUAAUAAUAAUAAUUAUUAUUAUUAUAAUAAUGAUAAUUAUAAUGUUCAAAGUCAUUAUCCUGUUUAUAAAAGAUCCCAUAUGUUAUCAAAAAGAAAUACAAACAAUACUUUAUAUGAUAUAUAUAAGAUGCUUAAAAAUAAUACAUACUCAUGUCAUUAUUAUUCUUAUAUAUUUAACGGAUAUAUGAGAAAUAUUAAACUAUAUAAAUAUCUUUUUAAUUUAUUAAGAAGUCGUGUUCUUGCAGUGUGUGUAAAUUAUUCUGAUUUCUAUAAAAAAUGUUCUAUAUUAAUUGAUAAUAUGAGUGUGACCAAAAUUAAUUUAUAUGAUAAAAAAGAAUUUGGAUAUAAAUAUACAUUGUUAACAAAAUAUAAUGAUAAGGAAAAUUUUAUAAAUAUUAAUUUUGAUCUGUAUAAACAACGAUUUAUGACAUACAAACAUAUAUAUAAUACAUUAAAUAUAUUACAUGUAUGUUCGCAUUUAAAACAGUUUACAAGAAAAAAAGAAAAGAAACAAUUACAACAUAAAAUAUAUAAUGAUCCACAUUUUAUAAGAAACAAGAAAAAAAAUGACAAUAUGAAUAUAAUGGAUUCAAAUAAUUUUAUACGUAAUCGUGAGAAUGCCUUAUUAUAUAAUGCAUAUUUUUAUUAUAAAAAGGAAAAAAUGGAUAAUCGUCAUAAUAUAUGGAAAGAUAACAAAUAUAAUAAUAAUAAUAAUAAUAAUAAAAAUAAUUAUAAUAAUUGUAAUAUUAUUAAUUGUGAACAACUUAAUACACAUACAAAGAAACCUAUAAAGAAUUACAAAAUUGAUAAUCUUAUAAAUUUUAUUGAAAAUAUUAAAGAAAAAAAAUUGUGUGUAUCAAAUUAUGAUGAAGAUAUAAAAAAAAAAAAAAAAAAAAAAACGAAAAAAAAAAAAAAAAAAGAAAUAAUAAAAAACCUGACCAUCGAAAUAGCUAGCUUAAUACUUACAUUAGAUUAUAAUUACUUUUUAAAUAUACUACCAUUAUAUUAUGAAUAUAUCUGUAAAAAAAUACAUUUUUAUAAUAUGAUAGAUAUUAUGAAAUAUCAAGAAAAAAGACAUUUAAAUAUUUAUAAUAAUAUAAUGAAAAUAAUUUAUUAUAAUCAUGGAAAUAAUGAUAUAAUUCAAAAAUUAAAAAAAAUGCAACUUUAUAGCUUUCAUAAUAAUAUUCUUAUAUGUACAGAUAUAAAACAAAAAAACUUUUUAUUAUAUAUAUAUAAUUUAGAUAUUAAAAAAACAAAAAUAUAUAUUAAUGUUAAUUAUCUAUUAAAAUUAUUUCUAACCAAAAAUUUCUUAAUGAAUAUAUCAGCAAUUAAUAUUAGUAAUAAAAAGAAAAAAGAUAUAUCUUAUAUUUUAAAAAAAAUUAAAAAAAUAUAUUUUUAUAAUUAUAUAGGUAUAUUCUUUUAUCUUUUAAAAAAUAUUGAUAUAUCAUCAGAAGAUACUUCAUAUACUAUGUUAAACUUUUUAAAUUUCUUGGAAUAUUUCUUAAAAAAUAAUUUACAACAACUAUCCCCUCUACAUAAUUUAUAUAGUUUUGUAGUUACAUUAAAAUAUAAUUUUGAACAUAAACUUGAUAAUUACACAAAAGCUACAAUUAACCAAGAAAAUUAUCAAAUCAAUAAACAAAGAAACAGUUUUCUUAAUGCUGAAAAUAAUGCUCUCUUGUUUUUCUCCAAAAAUUAUUCACACAAAAUAUCUAAACUGGAAACAAAUUAUAAAAAGAAAAAAAUUAAAAAGAAAGAAAAGGAAAAGGAAAAAUAUAAGGACCAACAAAAGAAGGAAAAACAAAGUCUUGCACAAGCAACAAAGGAUAGAAAAAGAGGAAUUAGAUUAAGAAGAACAGGAACGGAAGACACAACACACGAACGAGCUCAUAUCUAUGAGAUGGAUGAUCACCAUAAUAUAUAUGAUGACGAUGAAUUAGAAGAGGAGGAAGAGGAAGAAGAUAAUUCUAAUAAUACCUAUUUUAAAAAUUUCUUUACCUUUAAUUAUUCAAAUAUAUUCCCAAGGUUAUUAUCUACUAGCUCUUAUAUACACAAAAAGGAAGAACAACAAAUAAAUGCAUAUUCUAAUGAACAAAACGUUAUGAAGGAAAUACUUAAUAUGCAUAAAAAGAAAAGACAAAUUACAAAGGAUAAAAAUUAUAAUUAUAACGAACAAGAAAUUGACGGUGGACAAGGAGUAUAUUAUAAUUUAUAUAAUAAUAAAACGAAACCUUUUCUUAGACCAACUCAUGAACAAUACAAAAUUAUGGAUGAACAUCUUUCAUAUAUAAAAGCAGACACCCGACCUAUUAGGAAUGACUAUGAAGAAUUAUUAGCAUAUAGAACAAAUAAUGAAAUAUUACUUAGAGAAAAGGAAAAAAAGAAAAAGAAAAAGAAGAAGAAAAAAAAAACUCAAGCUCCAAAUAUAACACAUAUAUCUUUUACACACAAUUUGAAUAUAACCAAGGGAAAUAUAUAA